GCAACACGGCGUACCUUCUGGCCCUUGGAACUCGAGUACCAAGAUGGCGGCUCCCAGAAGCUUGGCUCUAUGGAACUAUUGCAGUCGUAGGUGGUCGCGGGCGAUGCGGGGCUGUCAGCUCCUCGGGCUUCGUGGCUCUUGGCCCGAGGCCCCACUAAGUGCGCGGCUCUUGUCCCAAGAGAAGCGGGCAACGGAAACGCACUUCGGGUUUCAGACUGUGUCGGAAGAGGAAAAGGGGGGCAAAGUCCAUCAGGUGUUUGAAAGUGUGGCUAAGAAGUAUGAUGUGAUGAAUGAUAUGAUGAGUCUUGGUAUCCAUCGUCUUUGGAAGGAUUUGCUGCUCUGGAAGAUGCAUCCGCUUCCUGGGACCCAGCUGCUUGAUGUUGCUGGAGGCACAGGUGACAUUGCAUUCCGGUUCCUAAAUUAUGUUCAGUCCCAGCAUCAGAGAAAACAGAAGAGGCAGUUAAGGGCCCAACAAAGUUUAUCCUGGGAAGAAAUUGCCAAAGAGUACCAGAAUGAAGAAGAUUCCUUGGGUGGGUCUCAUGUCAUGGUGUGUGACAUCAACAAGGAGAUGCUAAAGGUUGGAAAGCAGAAAGCCUUGGCUCAAGGAUACAGAGCUGGACUUGCAUGGGUAUUAGGAGAUGCUGAAGAACUGCCCUUUGAUGAUGACAAGUUUGAUAUUUACACCAUUGCCUUUGGGAUUCGGAAUGUCACACACAUUGAUCAGGCACUCCAGGAAGCCCAUCGGGUGCUGAAACCAGGAGGACGGUUUCUGUGUCUGGAAUUUAGCCAAGUGAACAAUCCCCUCAUAUCAAGGCUUUAUGAUCUGUAUAGCUUCCAGGUCAUCCCUGUCCUGGGAGAGGUCAUUGCUGGAGACUGGAAGUCCUAUCAAUACCUUGUAGAGAGUAUCCGAAGGUUCCCGUCUGAGGAAGAGUUCAAGGAGAUGAUAGAAGAUGCAGGCUUUCACAAGGUCACUUAUGAAAGUCUAACAUCAGGUAUUGUGGCCAUUCAUUCUGCCUUCAAACUUUAAUUCCUUUCCUAUCAUGGAACAUGAACCAAUCACACCCUGUUGAAAGCCUGGAACUGAAGGAUAUUUUGGCAAAUGAGACAACAGCAGAACAUCUCCUCUUAAGGAUACAUACUUUGGACUCAUGUUUGAAUUGAACACUCUCCAAGUAGAAGAACAAAUUCCUGUCACUUUUUUUUUUUUUUUUUUUUUUUGGAGAUGGAAUUUCACUGUUGUUACCCAGACUGGAGUGCAAUGGCACGAUCUUGGCUCACCGCAACCUCCACCUUCUGGGUUCAAGCAAUUCUACCUCAGCCUCCCGAGUAGCUGGGACUACAGGCGCACACCACCAUGCCCAGCUAAUUUUUGUAUUUUUAGUAGAGACGGGGUUUCACCUUGUUGACCAGGAUGGUCUCAAUCUCUUGACCUUGUGAUCCACCCGCCUCAGCCUCCCAAAGUGCUGGGAUUAUAGGCGUGAGCCACCGCGUCCGGCCUCCUGCGUCCGGCCUCCUGUCACUUUUUUACGGCUUUCUUUGGAGUUGCUUCAGUCCAUCUCCCAGAGGCAUUUGGCUGUAUUUUUGCUCAACCGCUAAUUUCUCUUGGCUGUAGAGUGUGUGGUUAAGGUACAACCAGCACUGAGGCUCAGUUUUGAAGUGUAUUUAUAGCUUCUCUGCUGGUGCUGCCCUCCAGAGUGGGUGAUAGAUCAUUUAUUUGAAACCAAUGAUGACUUUAACCAGAAAACUUAAUUGUACCUGAAUCAACCUUUCAGCCUACUAGGACUGUCUAGGCCCAAGUCAGAGGACUAAUGAUCAUGACAAUUGUGUGCUGAACCAGUAAACGAGUUUGCCUUUUGA